AUGCAUGAGAAUAUCCUCAUCCAUGUGGGCCAUGCAGGUGAGGCGCAGAUGGGAAAUGCCUGCUGGAAACACUACAGCCUAGAGCACAACAUCCAACCCAAUGGCACUAUGUCCAGCAACAAGACCCUGGGGAACAGUGGUGACUCCUUCAACACCUUCAGUGAGACAGGGGCUGGCAGGCAUGUGACCUGGGCUGUCAUUGUGGCCCUGGAGCCUACUGGCGUAGGCUGGCAUCAACUACCAGCCCCCACAGAGGUGCCUGGGAGAGGCCUGGCCGAGGUACUUCGGGCCGUCUGCAUGCUAAGCAAUACCACAGCCAUCACCAAGGCCCAGACCCACCUCAGCCACAAGUUUGACCUAAUGUUUGCCAAGCAGGUAUUUGUGCACUGGUAUGUAGGUGAGGGCAUGGAGGAAGGGCAGUUCUUGGAGGUCUGA